CGCUCAGCGCCACAUGUCAUGUAACGGCAACAGAAUCAAGGUUACGGACCUGCAUCUCCGGUUGGACGCAGAAUGGACAGUUGACAGAAAGCAGGCGGACAGGCUCCGUGUGACAGGAUGCAUAUCGCGGAUUUUGUGUCCGGAUCAUUCGCAGGAGCAUGUGGAGUUGCGGUGGGCUACCCGCUGGACACUGUGAAGGUCCGGAUCCAGACCCAGAAACAGUUCACGGGAGUGUAUCAGUGUGUGGUGGCCACAUUUUCUAAUGAGGGGGUCCAUGGCUUCUUUAAAGGCAUGUUCCUGCCUCUUGCCACCGUCUCCAUGACUUCUUCGGUGGUGUUUGGCACGUACAGGAACUGCUUACAAUGUCUGAGCCAGGCGAGGGGAGCCGGUGGGGGUUCAAACACCAAACUGGACGUGUUUCUGUCCGGACUGGCAGGUGGUGUCGCUCAGAUAUCGGUGAUGGCUCCAGGUGACAUCGUGAAAGUCCGUCUGCAGUGUCAGACCGAGUCCAAACGAGGAGGAAGCAGCUUGCCCAAACCGAAGUACCGCGGCCCGGUUCACUGUCUGCUGAGCAUCGUCCGGGAGGAGGGCUUCUUGGGGCUCUACAGAGGAGCUCUGCCCCUCAUGCUCCGAGAUGGACCGUCGUUUGCAACAUACUUCCUCACUUACGCAACCAUCUGUGAGUGGUUGACAGGCGGCAGCAGGAAAGCAUCAGACUGGAGUGCAGUGAUGCUGGCAGGUGGAAUAGCCGGGAUGGCAGGCUGGACUAUCGGAACGCCGAUGGACGUGAUCAAAGCCCGUCUGCAGAUGGACGGAGCGCGAGAAAAGAAGCGAUAUAAAGGCUUUUUACACUGCGUCACUGAGACGGCGAGAGUCGAAGGAGCCGGCGUUUUCUUCAGGAGUUUGGGAAUCAACUGCCUGCGAGCAUUUCCUGUGAACAUGGUGGUGUUUUUUACAUACGAGGUCCUCACCGGUUUCCUCCGAGCCGGUCCUGAAGGCGUCGACCCGCCUCUAGGGAUGGAAUAGAGUCAACUAUCUCCAGUCGCUUAUUUCAUCUCUUCUGUUUUUUUUGUUUUCAUAUUACAUUUUUUAAUUGCAUUGCAGUAUUUUCACCAAAUGAGUGCUUCAACAGUAUCAUUGGACUUUUACAGAUAAUACAUACAUGCAAUAAUCAGGUCGAUGGGGAAUUAUUCUAAUACACAUUGGAGAAUGUUGUCAGUAUUGCUUGGCACAGAGAUUGUCUAACCACUAGAUGGCCUCCCAGACCAGCUUGUUCCAUAUUUUUCUGAAAUAUAACAGACUGUUUGUACUGUAGAAGAGCAGUGCACCAAGUAACCUCAACAUAUUUCAGACUAGAGGAGACUUAAAGUAUAAUAUUCAGGACCAUUUUAAGGCCUUGAGCUGAGAAUAUGCUGCAAUAUGCACAGUUUAGCGAGAAUAUUACCCGUCCAAGUCCACAGAAUGUUACAGCUGAACAAUUUGAUUUAACUAUAAAUAUAUUUUAUUAUUUUAAACCCUGUGGAACUGGAUUAUUUAUUAGUAGAAUUACAUUAAAAGUUGGAAGUAUAUCAUGCAUAUCACUGCACAUGAUUAAAAAGUUGCUAAGAGAAUUGACUGUUACUAUAACAUGAAGCAUAUUUAUCCACUACAUAACUUAAUGGGUUGUUUUAUCAUCAUUCUCGUACAUAUUUGCAAUAUUAUUGUCUUUGUCUGAGAAUAAACCACACAUAUUGAAUGCUGCCGAUUUGGGUGCAGAGGUUGGUUGAAGGAUUUUAAAACAGGGUAAAUACCGCAUGUGAAUAUUUGUUGUAAUUUAUUUGCAUCAUUAUGAUGGUAAUGCUCACUGUGCCUUCUAUAAUAAAGGUGAUGUAAAUAAAUGGUGUAAACAAGCAUUUUUACAUCUA